AGAAAUCUACCCGAUGUUACCUCCUGAUAGCAGGGGUUCCAGGCUAAACCUUCCUUAUUAAGUAUAAGAUCUGAUAGCUGCUGUACGACCCCUUCGCUUCAAAUGAAAUCCUGUCAUGCCCUCAAGGCGGCAGAUAAUUAAUAAAUGUCCGUUGUACUACAUAGAUAUGCCACAUCCACGAAAUCUUCUCUUGAUUUAAAACAAUCAUCCUCAGAUUGAAGAUGGCCAAUUUGUCACAUUCGAAAAGUAAUGCAUCAACUCAUAAUGACCUGAUAAGUCGCCCUGCUGUCACAACAGUACCUGUAGGAGAUGUCUCGAAUCUUGAAGGCUUGAGCGCAGAUGAAGCUGCACUGACGGCUUUGGGUUAUAAACAAGAGUUCAAACGAGAAUUUUCACUAUGGACAACCUUUUGUGUUUCGUUCGCGGUAUUGGGAUUGCUGCCCAGUUUCGCAAGCACGUUGUAUUACGGGAUGGGAUAUGCUGGUACUGGAGGAAUGGUUUGGGGAUGGUUGAUUAGUUGGUUCUUCAUUCAGUGUGUGGCUAUGGGAAUGGCAGAGUUGUGUUCGAGUAUGCCGACUAGGUGAGUGUUCUUGAAUGAUGUUCAAAAACGAAAAUGCUAAAUUUUUCUAGUGGUGGAUUAUAUUAUGCUGCCGCGGUACUUGCUCCCCCAGGCUGGGGCCCUUUCGCAGCUUGGAUAACAGGAUGGUCCAAUUGGAUGGUACAAAUCACAGGAGCACCAAGUGUGGACUAUGCGCUCGCUGCCAUGGUUCUUGCUGCCGCUUCAAUCACUCAUCCCGAGUAUGAGCCAACCAAUUAUCAGACAUUCCUGUUGACGGUCUUGAUCAUGAUCAUCCAUGCAUGUAUAUCAAGUAUGCCAACAUUAUGGAUUGCGAAGUUCAAUUCGUUUGGAUCGACAUUGAAUAUGAUAGCUUUGUUGGUGGUAAUCAUCAUGAUUCCAACGUCGGUUACUGGGACUGCCACAACGCCUAAAUUCUUCCCUUCGAAGGAGGUCUGGUCCAUUCAGAAUGGCACUGAUUGGCCAGAUGGAGUCGCGGUUUUGAUGUCUUUUAUCGCAAUAAUCUGGACAAUGUCUGGAUAUGAUGCUCCUUUCCAUCUCUCUGAGGAGUGCAGUAACGCCAACGUCGCAGCUCCACGAGCUAUUGUCCUGACUAGUGGGAUCGGAGGUCUUAUGGGAUGGGCUUUGCAACUUGUCGUUGCUUAUACUGUCAUCGAUAUAACCGAAGUUCUUGAUUCCCCACUCGGGCAGCCAUGGGCAUCGUAUCUCGUCCAAGUGAUGCCACAGAAGAUUGCGCUCGCUGUUCUUGCCAUCACUAUCAUGUGCGCAUUCUUCAUGGGCCAAGGAUGCAUGGUGGCCGCCUCCCGCGUAACGUUUGCUUAUGCCCGAGAUGAUUGCUUUCCGUGCUCUUGGUGGAUCAAGAAAAUUAAUCAGUAUACUUAUACUCCAGUCAACGCUGUGUGGUUCAAUACAGUCAUAGGCUGCCUUCUCUUGUUGUUGAUCUUCGGCGGAACCGUAGCCAUUGGCGCGAUCUUCUCCGUCGGCGCUAUCGCAGCUUACGUUGCUUUCACCAUCCCUAUCUUCAUUCGAGUAUUCUUUGUCGGGGACAGAUUUCGACCUGGACCAUGGCAUCUUGGUAAAUUCAGUAAGCCGAUCGGAAUAGCCGCCUCUUCUUUUAUUCUUGUAAUGAUGCCGAUUCUCUGCUUUCCGGCUUAUAAAGGUAAUGACCUUACAGCCUCGUUGAUGAAUUGGACAGUGGCUGUAUACUUCGGUCGUAAGUAUCUCUAGAUUUUGCUUUAUUAUAUCCAUCUUCGGCGGCUAAUAAUGGAUUCAGCGAUGAGUAUGGUAAUGAUCUGGUGGUUUGUGUCAGCACGUAAAUGGUUCAAGGGACCUGUGAUCAAUGUCGAGGUAAAUUACAUACGUCCCAUACCAACAUUCCAGCCACGAAGGCUAACACGGGUAAUCCUAGCAUCAUAUGAUGGGUACAGACCCAGAAGAAAUUGUGGAAGGAGUCGAGGAUAGUUUAGAUGAUGGAAUGAUUAGGCCGAAGUCUUUCGAGGCGAAACGCGAGCUGGCAGGAAUUCGGGCUCCUAUAACCUCUGAAGUGACCCAGUGAAAGUUUCUGGAUCUGCAAGCAUGUUAGCAUUAAUCUAUAUUGAGACAUUAGGAAUGGUAGAUGUACAUUGGCCCUUCAAUCGAUGAUUAGUUGUUUUUCUCCUGCAUCAGUUGCAAAAAA